UGUUCUUGCUGCCUUCUCCAUGGGAACGAGGUGUAUCACCAGCCCCAAGACAUGUCCUGCUACAGCCAGUGUGUACCCUGCCGGCCCUGCGGCCCCACCCCUCUGGCCACCAGCUGCAAUGAGCCCUGUGUCAGGCAGUGCCAGAACUCCACCAUUGUCAUUGAGCCCUCUCCCGUGGUGGUGACCCUGCCCGGACCCAUCCUCAGCUCCUUCCCGCAGAACACCGCCGUGGGAUUGUCCACCUCCGCUGCUGUUGGCAGCAUCCUCAGCUCUGAGGGCGUGCCCUCGGGGGGCUUUGACUUGUCCAGCUUCGGCAGUCGCUACUGCAGCAGAAGUUGCCCUCCAUGGUCAAGCCACAGGCGGUGGUCCUGGAGAAAUUAUUUCAGAAACUACGAAUGCGUUGCUGGAUAA